AUGGCAACGACACUGGGACAGCGCCCACAAGCAGCGCAGGAGAACCGCCUCCAGCCAUGGAUUGAGAACCGCCCGAAGACAAUCGACGACGUCUCGUCGCAGGAGAACACGGUUGCCGUGUUGCGCAAGGCCUUGGCCAGCACAAAUCUCCCGCACAUGCUGUUCUACGGCCCACCGGGUACAGGCAAGACGUCCACGAUCCUCGCGCUCGCGCGCCAGCUCUUCGGCCCCGACCUGUUCCGCUCGCGCGUGCUCGAGCUCAACGCGUCCGACGAGCGCGGCAUCAGCGUCGUGCGCGAGAAGAUCAAGACAUUUGCGCGUGAGACGCCGCGCAACGCCGGUGUGUCGUCCGACGGCAAGGAGUACCCCUGCCCGCCGUACAAGCUCAUCAUCCUCGACGAGGCGGACAGCAUGACGCAGGACGCGCAGAGCGCGCUCCGUCGUAUCAUGGAGACGUACUCGCGUAUCACGCGAUUCUGUCUCGUCUGCAACUACGUCACGAGGAUCAUCGAGCCCCUCGCCUCGCGUUGCUCCAAGUUCCGCUUCCGACCCCUCGCUGCCGACAGCUCGCAGGCGCGGAUAGAGAUGAUUGCGCAGGCGGAGAACGUUCAGAUUGAGCCAGGAGUCCUCGAGCUCAUCCUCAAGCUCUCCGGCGGUGACCUCCGCAAGGCCAUCACCUACCUCCAGACAGCACAGCGCUUGCAUUCCGCGAGCGAGCCCCCAACGCCCAUUAACGCCAUCUCUGUGCACGAGAUCUCGGGCGUGGUUCCCGACGACGUGAUUCACAGCCUCCUGCGCGCAAUGGGUGUCGAGCCAGGCGAGGGCCUCAACCCCGCCCUCGCAGCAGGCGGCUUUGAGGGCCUGCGCGCCGAGGUGCGCCGCGUCGGCCGGGAAGGCUGGUCUGCCGGCCAGCUCCUCGAGCAGAUCCACGACGCCAUCAUCCCGCUCGCGACUAUCCCGACCGUGGCCAAGUCCAACGUCGCGAUCGCGAUCGCCGAGUGCGACAAGGCGCUGUGCGAGGGCGGCGACGAGGAGCUGCAGCUCUUCGAGGCCGCCCUGCGCAUCAAGGACGCGCUGAGCAAGGCGUAG